CCGAUUCAAAAAGUGAUAUUUCAAUACCUAUAGUUGUGAAAAAGACAACAAAGAGAAAAUCUAAGUCCAAGUCUGUUCGUAUUUCUGAUCAACACUCUGUUAGUAAAAAUUCAACUGAAAAGGUAAAUAAAAUAUCAGAAGCAAAAAAAGAAACUAUACCACCUGAUACCUCACAAAAAACCAAAGAUCCUUUAGAAUUCUAUAAGAAAACACAAGAGGAGGCUAAAAAGACGAGAGCUGUUGCACGUGCUGAUAUUUCUAAACUAUCUGCUCCUAUUUCAAAAGCUUAG